UAAUUAUAAUCAAAUGAGUAAUGAAUUGCAAACUUUAUAUACAAUCUGUAGUUUGGUUUUCAUUGAUGUCAUAAUUAAUUGACUAUUAAUUAGUUUUUAUAAUAAUUAUUAUUUUUCAGACAUAAAUUCAUUAUUAUUUGUUACAAUCAAUUGUCGUGUCAUUGCUUUCAUUCACAACUACGACAACAACAAUAACAACAACAACGACGACAACAGUCAAUGUGCGACACAACGACAGCAACAAUAAUAACCACAACAAGACUCAGACGACAAUCACAAGUGUACUAAAUGUCAGCACAAGUCAACGGUAGAGAAGAUAAUCAAAAUUUGUUUCAAUUUGAGCAAAGGCCAGCCAUUGCCGCCGCUGUUGUCGAUACCAAUUUGGUGACACUGAUGAACGCACAGACAAUGGCCAACAAUGGUGGAGGCGAUCAUCCGUUGCCACAGUCAUCCAUAUCAUCGCCGCCCCCGUACUCUACAGUUCCGGGCACUGUUCCUCUCUAUAUGUCCCGAACUGCUGGUCCGCCGCCGUCCUAUGACGACGUUAUCAAUCCCGAAGCCCCUCCCCCAUCAUACCAGUCCCUGUUUGGUCAGGUCCGAGAGGCCCGCAAGUCGGCUAACGGUGUACUGGACUUUCUACGCAAAUUAAUGCUUAUUGUCAUCGGAACUCUUGGCUGCACAAUGAUUAUUGGCUUUACACUUGUGAUACCAUUAUCUAUGAUAAUCGUUGGCACCAUCUAUAUGAAUGACUGUCGCAUCGAGAAUAUACCAGAAUUUUUGUUCAUCGGUGGUAUGGUCUGGAUAUUCAAGAAUCUGAUGAACGUCUGGUCACAAUGUAAGAGGUCUUCUAUUGAAACGGAAGCCGAGGCAGCGCUUCGCUAUAAACGACACGAAUCUCUGCUCAACUGUUUUCUCUUUGGAUGGUUUGUCGCCGGCUGUGUUAUAGUCUACCGUUCCUAUCUACCCGACUUUGAAGACAAAAAUAGUGCGCGAUAUUGUAACCGAUCGGCCUAUUUGUUUGCCUUUUGGUUGGUAACGUCGACCUUCAUUUUGUUUGCCACUUUCAUGACCUGUCUGUGCGGACUAACAAUGUCGGCCAUAUUUGCCAACACCAAUGCGGACAACGAGCCACAGAUCAAUGACAAUGCCUGACCCACACUAGCGUUCACACACACACUCAGUGAUGACUAUUCAUUCAAUUGAAUUUUUUGUGAUAAUAAUAAAUGAAUACAUCUCGGAAUCUGAUUUAUAUAAAGACAAAACACAUAUAUAAACGAUGUUUUUUAA